CGCUGUUGUAAAGGAAGCUGAGUCUUUGGGAAGGAUCAUUUCAGCCAUUUGUACUACUAAGGCUGGUGCAUUGUGAGUUCCAACUGAACAGUCCUUGUAUUCAUGGCCACCUAUAGCUUGGCCAAUGAGAGGCUCCGUGUCCUAGAGGAAAUUGAGAAGGAGAUUGCUGCCGUCUUGCUAAAUGCAGGAAAUGUUAUUUUGGAACUCUCCAAAGAAAAGCCAAAUGAACGUCUCCUAGACAGACAGGCCACUCAGUUCAUGGCUUCUAUGCAAAAGGUGGAAUCUGAGCUUUCAGGACAGAUCCGCUAUCUUACACAGGUAGCCACAGGGCAGCCACAUGAAGGAUCCAGUUACAGCACACGGAAAGAUGGCACAAUGGCCCUUAACAGAAUUGAUUAUGCUCGGGUAAAGCUAGCAGAGCUGUGCCGAACUUGUGAACAGAUGCUGGAUCAACCUUGACCUCUGGGAUUAAAGAUUUUAUUUUAAAUGAACUUUUCAUUAUGUAA